UUGCCUGUCGCUGUGGCUCCGUCCUGUUAGCAUUAGCAGUUAUGGGUAAAAAAUCCCGACCAGGAACAGGACGACGAACAAUUUUACAGUUAUCGCCACCAGGACCGCGCAGUGGUACGGGAGGAACCAGAGAAGAAGGUGUAGGUUCAGGGUCUGAAGACGAACAGGAAGGUUCUACAGACGGACAGGGCAUUCCUAGAGACAUGAAAAUGAAAACACCAGCGGUCAAGGCAACACAGGGCUUGUCCCUGCUUGGAGCCUAUGAAGACAGCGAGGACGAGGACGCGGCUGAUGCCACGUCACCUUCUGUAAAGGGAAAACACAACCAAUCUGCAGACAUAGAUAGCACACUUGCCAAUUUUAUGGCUGAAAUUGAUGCCAUCACAACACAGCCAGCACAAACCACAGAGGAGCCCUCAAUGGACGCUAGUGCUCCAGCCCCGACCCCUCCACGCCCUGAGCCUAAAACAGAUCAACAGUCUCAAUCACAGAAUGGCCCAGCACCAGAGUUCCAGUACAACACCCAGUACUCCCUUGCAGGAGUGGGAGUGGAGAUGGGAGACUGGCAGGAAGUUUGGGAUGAGAAUACAGGCUGCUACUACUACUGGAACACACAGACCAAUGAGGUGGCCUGGGAACUUCCUCACUACUUAGCCGACCAGGUGCAGGGGCUUCAGCAGUAUACAGAAAGCAGCUCAUCUGUUAAUGGAAAUGGUGUGUCUCACCACGCUGGAUAUUAUGCCGAACAGCAGUCCGCCGUCACUACCAGUGCCCCAGUGUCGAAGAAGGAAACUAAAAAGAGGGAGGUGAUAGAGAGUGUGGUGGCCAUCACGAGUGAUGAGGAGGAGAGGAGAGGCGUGGCUGCCUCUCUGCUCGCUCCCCUCAUUCCAGAGGAGGUCAAGCAGGCGGAAGAAAAAUGGAGGAAGAGGGUGGUUGCCACAGAAGAGAAAAUGGACUCUGCCCAGGAUUUGGAAGGGGAAGGGAGUCUCUCAGUGGGAUCUCCGACCCUAAGAGACUCAGACAGUCUCUCCCAGAGUAACCAGCGAAGCAGAAACCAGUCUGUUGAGAAUUCUGAGGGAGAGGAGGAGGAGACAGAGGAAGAUACCAUGGAACUGGAGCUGGCGUUAGAGAGAAAGAAGGCGGAGCUUCGUGCUCUAGAGGAAGGAGAUGGUAGUUUGGGCGGGUCCAGUCCCUGUUCCGAGACUAGUCAGGACGGCCCACGCAGCUUGCUUCUGAAGAAGACCAAAUGGAAAACGGCUUUUCUCAGAGCGCCAAGCCCGGACUCCAACAGCCGCAGCUCAGACAAAACAGGCUGGGACACUCCAGAAACCCUUGAUGGUGCACAUUCCAAAACAGCUGAGAAACAGGGAGAUGAAGAUGGGAAGGAGAAGACAUUACCCAAAGCCCCACCAAAAGAGGAGGAAGAAACUGCAGACCUCAAGUUUCAGAUUGGAGAGCUUGCCAAUACCUUAACUAGCAAAAUGGAAUUUUUGGGAAUCAACAAAAAGGCCAUCUCAAACUUCCAGCUGCUUUUGCUGCAAACGGAGACAAGGAUAGCGGAUUGGAGGGAAGGUGCUUUGAGUGGAAACUAUCUCCGCCGUAGGCUGCAGGAAGCUGCCGAGCACAUAAAACAUUACGAACUUAACGCCACUCCUAAGGGCUGGUCCUGCCACUGGGACAGAGAUCACAGGCGCUAUUUCUACGUGAAUGACCGCACCAAUGCUUCCCAGUGGGAGUUUCCAGUGGUGGAGAAAGAGGAGGAAGAGGAAGGGAAAGCCCCUCAGCCCCCAGCUGAUGGCCACGGAGAAGGAAGUCUACUCUCUGCUGAGUCUUCUAAUGGUCUUACAGUAUCGUCCUUCUCAGGAGUGUCAUCGUCAUACUGGUCGGUCCCCCAGCCUCCACAGCCCUCACAGCCUCCGCUCCCUCCAGAACAACCCCCUCCCCCCUCGGACCUGCCCCCGCCACCCCCUCCGCCGCCCGAAUCGCCUCCCCCACCGCCUCCUCCUCCACUUAGCGAUGAUGGAGAGAUUGAGGAGGUUGAAAUGGAAGAUGAGGAAGGAGAGCCACCUGCCCCUGGAACGGAAGACAACAAGGCUGGUGGAGAUGCAAGUGUCUCUGUGGGAACUGUGACCAAAGCUCAGAAGCGUAAAGCGACAGGUUCCAGCCAGCCCAGCAAAGCAGUCACCAUCGGGAGCAGCCCUAUCCUCUAUACUCAGCCCACUGCCACUGCAGCAGCGUCUGUUAUGGCUGGCAAUGCAUAUUGGGGUUUGUCUGGAUCAGCUGCCCCUGUUCAGACCCCUGAGACUCCGGCUGCACUAGUGUCAGCCCCACCCUCUCAACCCCCACCAGCAGCAUCUCAGCUCUCCAACACUCUGGACCCAACAUCAGGGAAAAUACAGCCUACAGACAAGGCCAAGAAACAAAAGAAAGAGAAGACAAAGAAAAGCAAGACGAAGAUGCCAUCUCUGGUGAAGAAGUGGCAGAGCAUUCAGAGGGAGCUUGAUGAAGAGGAGAGAUCAAGUUCCAGUGAUGAAGAUCGGGAUCAGCUGAAUAACAGGCGAAUUGAAGAGUGGAAACAGCAACAGCUUCUUACAGGGAAAGCCAUGAAAAAUGCCAACUUUGAGGCCCUGCCAGAGGACUGGAGGGAACGGCUUCUGAAGAAGAGGAAGAUGAUGCAGAGCUCAUAACAUUUGUUGUCAGCUCUGCACACCUGAUUUAAAAAAAAACAAACUAAAACAAACACUUACUAUAGAUGAACUGCAUCUCAGAGAGAAUGGAGGGUUCUGCUUGAAUCUCGUACAAAUCCUUUUUCUCAAAGGGUUGAGCUUAAUUUCUGAAUGAAUGUUUAUACACAAACAUACACUUGUAUUUGCUAGAAGAUAUGCUCCUUUUUGCAGCUUCAGUUCCCUCUCACUUAUAAAGGACGGGCCCAUUUUAACUCAAAAUGGUGCCAAAAGUGAUUUAUGCCUGAUUGCUCAGCUGUGGUAGAGAUGUUUACCACUGAAUAAUAAUGAUGAAGUUCUGUAGAAUUUGUUCAUGUCCGUUUUAAAAUUCAGUUGUUAAUGCUGUUUUCUGCAUUAGCCGACACACCCCAUUGUGUUAACAAACCACAAACAAACUAUUUUUUUUUAAAUUUUGCCACAGUAAAUACAAUUAAAACCA